CGGCAAAUUAGUAAAAGAUGCAAAUGCAAGGAACGCAACAUUGUUGAUUGUCAACCUGCUCAUCGACACCAAUCAAUCAUCGCUUGCUUGAUUGACGAUGGAUGAGACAACGCCAUUGUUGGGGAAUGGCAAGUCGAAUAGAUCCAAUCGUAAUGCAGAAGAGGUGGAAGGAGAGACAUCUUCCAUAAAUGCACCAGUAGACGCAAAAGAUAUUGAUGUACGAUUCAAGAGAUGGAUCGAUCAUAUCAAAAGGAAGCGAAAGUCUACACAACUUUCGCCUAUGGAACGGGAAGCACAAUUCUUAAUAAGUGUUUUCCAACCUCUUUCCUCAGAUGACGAACUUACAGGACACGAUCGAUUAUCCCAAGAGUCAUUCGAACAUGGCUAUAUCAGUGAGAAAGAAUUCAAAAAGCAGCUUGCUCGUGUUCGAGGAUCAAUCGCAGAAGGAUUACAGCCAAAGAUGAUUCAAACUGGUAGCUCAGGUUCAUACUUUGUCAGAAGUUAUGUCUACGAAGAGAACGGCUCAGGACAGAUACAAAGGCUAAAUGAUGAAUACACAACAGUUGCAGUUUUCAAACCUCACGAUGAAGAACCUUACGGAGACUUCAAUCCCAAACGUGUUUUCCUACGAAGGUACCUAUGGUGGGCUAUGGGCAGACCAUGCUUAAUACCGAGCUUUUCAUAUUUGUCGGAAGUAGGAGCAUCUUUGCUGGAUGAACGUAUGAAAUUGGGAAUCGUUCCGACAACCAAACUUGUCAGUCUGGCUAGCGAAAGCUUUUUCUAUCCACAACAUCUUCGUUCUAAAGGUCAAUUUCCUGAGAAACAAGGAUCCUAUCAAAACUUUUUGAACGGCUAUGUGAACGCAUCUGCAUUCCUACGUGCUCAUCCGUGGCCGAGUAGACCAAGAUCAUUACUGGAACGAGAUCUGCGAGCAGAAAAUGCAGCACAUGGAAGGGCAAAAGCUCGUGCAAGAAAGGGCAAAGCAAAGGCAGAGAAUCGCAAGAAAUCUUUUGGUAAGAAGUUGUUGUCUGCUCUUGCUUCCGUUAAUUGUUUGGCUCCAAUCGGAUUUAAUCCUGAAUAUGAUGACGACCAUAUCGAGAAUUGCGCUGAACAGGUUACAUCUUCCAAUGCCAUCACAUUCGAAUGGACAAAAGAGUUGAUGCAAGAUUUUCGCUUGGAGCUGGAAAAGCUGGUUUGCUUUGAUUACCUUAUUCGCAACACCGAUCGUGGAUUGGAUAACUUUAUGGUGAAAGUUGUUGAGCCUUCAUUUAACGAACAAGGCGAACAAACACAGCGAAGGAGGUUAUUCUUGGCUGCCAUCGAUAACAGUUUAGCAUUUCCAUGGAAACAUCCUGCCGGCAUUCGAUCUUAUCCUUGGGGCUGGCUCUAUUUACCUACUGACUUGAUCGGCGGUCCAUUCUCACUGCAGACACGACAGACGUUCAUCGAACUCUUGCGAAGCGCAUCCUGGUGGCAGCAGACAAGGAAUGAGCUAGAAGCAUUGUUCAAAAAGGACGAUCAUUUCGAUGCAAAGAAGUUUGAAGGACAGAUGGAUGUUUUGCGUGGACAAGGAUGGAAUUUAUUGGAAAGCCUUAGAAAUGAAGAUGAAGGACCGCUUGAGCUGUGUGCGAGAGAGAAGCGAUUGGUCGAACAAAGAAGUGAAAUACAUGAAGCGUAUGACCUGUUCAAUCUAGAUGGCUUCCAUCACCCACUCACGCCACAAGCCUUGGCUGUCAAAGCUAGAUUGCUUGCACAAUUAUCGGAAGAGGAACGAAGAUCUACCGCAAAAUCAGCUGAGCCCCAAUCUAUGCCUCAGCGUUCCGAUGCUUCAACAGUUUCCACACCUGCAGACGUUCAACCUAGAUCAUUGCCGGAAGAUGGACGGAUUGAACGAUCUAUCAUUGAUGACGUUAGUCACAUUAAGACAAAUCAGCCUUCUACACCUCCGAUCGAGGCCGAUAAUCAACAUGCGGGCAAUGCAGCAUUGGGAAGAGCUUAUAGAAGGGGUAGUUUGGGUAUAGAUGUUUUGACAGAGAUCGACAAAAGCACAGCCAAAGCACGUAGACCGAGAUUACGACAAUCACUCACACGCGGCUUGAGUGCAUCACGACUACCCAAACGCAAUCAACCAAACCGUUUGGGAAGCUUCAAUGAUGUUACACCACAUCCAGAAGAGAAUGAAGAGAGUACGUUGGUCUCUUCAGUGGCCUCUUUGGACAGUAUUCCGCAACCGACUAAGCCACAGAACGGUAUUGCAAGAAGACGGAUGGGCAGCGUAAGCGAUACACUAAGCUUUAGUGCGGUAUUCUCAAACAAUGAGACCGGCAUUCAAGAUGACAUCAACAAUCGAUCAGAAUCACAAAAGAAACAAAAGAUUAAAGCGAUCGUUGAGCAUAUUCAUAUAGAUGAUGGCGUGGCAUGGCAAACGUGGUUAGGCCUUCAAUGAGUGUGUGUACAUGUACUUUUAAUGAUAAAAUGAUACCCAAAAAAUAGAAUCGCAUU